AUGCUGGUUGGAUGUCUUGCGGUUGCUUUUUCGCACCUAGCUGUGCCAUUGACAUCGUUUCGUAGAAUGCAUUUGAAACAAGGUGACCCGAAACCAACCAUUGACCCUUCCCGUUUCACUUUGAUUGGCCAUCGUUUCUGUCCAUUUGUGGAACGAGUGCGAUUGACCUUGCAUUACCACCACAUUGACUUUGACACAAUCUUCAUCGCUUUUACCUCAAAGCCCGAUUGGUUUUUGGACAUGUAUCCGACCGGUAAAGUGCCACUUUUGCUGACUACGGAUGGCAAGUCUCUGGUUGAGUCUGAUGUGAUUAUGCGAUAUGUGGACCAACUGCGUGGACCAAACGCUUCGUUGAUGUCAGUCUGUGGGGAAGGGCAAUUCUCCGAAGCUUUGGAUCUCUGUUCUAAGGCCAGUUCUCGUUGA